AUGGCCAAGUCUGACAAUGAAUCUUAAUUUAUGUGAGACGCAUUAGAUACUGAAAUUGAGAUAAUUUCAUUAUCAUUUCAGCACUAUUGCAUACAUACAUGACACUGACAAUAAGUAAAAAUUAUCAAAAAAUAUUGUAUUAAUUUGCCUUAUGUAUAGCAGUACUAGCAUUUUAUAAAAAAUGGAAAAAUUACGUUCCUUGAAUAGGGUAGUUGAUAUAUCUGAACCGAUAUUGGCAGAGGAUAGUACAUUUUCUAUACAAGCAUUAUCAUUAAGUGCAAUAUUAGAACAAUUGGAUAAAAAUGCUACACAUCACGAUUAUCUUGUUGCCUUACUGUUUGUUUUAUUAGCAGAAUCUGGAUUUUCCAUAUCAUCCACUUCUAACACUUUAAAGGAGAAGAAUACAAGAUUAGUUUAUAUACCUACAAAUUGGAAAUUGGCAGAAACAGGGAUAUAUGAAGUAUAUUUCGUAUUGCGUGAUUUUGAAAAUAUUCAAUCAAAAUUUAUUGCAGUACCUUAUGGUGAUAAAAUAAUAAUUAAUAUAUUCCCGUGCGUGGAAGAGAAAAAGACUUAUAGCAUGAUUAUUCAGACAUUAAAGUAUGUGAAUCCAUGCACAAAUAAUCCAUGUUUCCGAUAUCUGAAUCUCAGAGAAAUAUCACAUAGGUUUAAAAACAAAUUAACCAUACCUCUGAGGACAGAUAUAUUAACAGCAUCAUGUUGGACAGGUUUUGCCAGUCUUCAGUGCUUGCCAAUAGAGUUACUAUGCAAAAUUGUAGCUAUGUUACAUUCAUUAGAUAUGCAGCAUCUGGCAGCAUGUUCCAAAAAGUUUUAUAAUGUUUGCUUAGAUUUAUUAUCGAUGGAUAAAGAUUGUUAAGUUGGAAAAACAUUACAUUUUUACUUAUGAAUGCCUAAAAAAAACCUUGUCAGUCUUGGAUUAUUAACAAAAAAAUAUAUAUAUAUCUAUAUAUUUAUUAUAUAUAUCUAUAUGUAUUGCUGCCUACA